AAGUAAUGUAACAAUACUCAAACACUUACGAGUCAGUAGUCAGAACUUAGGUAGUUAGUGGACAAGAUCAAAAACCACUCAAUUUGGGGUUAACAGAUGUGGAAGGAGCAAAGGUUUAUGAUUCUUUGAGACUAGGCUGUUGCCAGAAGACUCUUUGAUACUUAUGACAGAGACAGAAAUGGAUAGAUUGAUAAUGUAGAAGUCGUACCAAUGAUCGUUGACGUCUAUAAGUCAUUCAAUAGAAUCUUCUCUCCUGCCAGAGGAGACAUUGAUUCAUUUUAUAAGUUCAAAAUUUAUAUAUUAUAAUUAGGGUUUUGGAUAGAAAUUCAGAUGGCAAAAUUACUUAUCAAGACCUUGAGGAUUUAUGCAUAAGAUAUUUGACUAAUUAAACACCAACGAAUUUGAGAGCUUCUGAAGCACCUCGUUAAAGUGGAAUUCAAUAACCUUCAUAAACAGUCACAUCAUCAUAUAGAAGAACUCAGUAUUGAUUGUGAUUCAUUAUUAAAGAUAAAUUCAGAUUAUUUCAUAAAUUAC